AUGAAUCACCAAUGCACCAAGUUCACUGGCCACUGGAAGAUCAUCAUCUUUGACGAGGAGUGCUUUCAGGGCCGUCGUCAUGAGUUCACCGCCGAGUGCUGCAACGUCAUGGAUUUCAGUUUUGAGACCGUGCGCUCCAUGAGGGUGGAGAGCGGAGCGUGGGUGGGCUAUGAACAUGCAGCCUAUCAGGGCCACCAGUUUAUUCUGGAGCGUGGAGACUACCCCCAAUGUAAUGCCUGGGCGGGCAGCAACGCCUACCCCAUCGGGCGCCUGACGUCUUUCAGACCAAUCUCCUGUGUGAACCACAGGGAGUGUCGCAUGUCCAUCUACGAGAAGGAGAACUUCCUGGGUCGGAGGGGGGAGGUCACUGAUGACUACCCUUCCCUCCAGGCCAUGGGCUGGUGCAACAAUGAAGUUGGAUCCUUCCGUGUCCACUCUGGAGCAUUUGUGUGCUUCCAGUACCCCGGGUACCGUGGCUACCAGUACAUUGUGGAGUGUGACCGUCACUGCGGAGAGUACAAACACUUCAGGGAGUUCGGUUACCAUUCACAGACGCCCCAGAUCCAGUCUAUCCGCCGAGUCCAGCAGUAA